AUCCGGUGAGGCGUCACAGUUCUUGCUUCGACAUGGAGUUCUAUUACGUCUUCUUUCUUCUCGUCUCGAGUUCUAGACUUUUCGCCUUCCAAGAUGAGUACGUCGUCCCGGUUUCGGAUUAUUACAAUUCUAACUCCAAUCGAUUGUUAGAAGAACGGCGGGCAAACAUCCUGGAAGCACCCUUCAUGGCCGUGAUAUUUGCAGACAUUUCAUUUGAACACUUGUGUCCAUAUAGUAUUGGGGUAAUAGUUUCGAGCCGCUGGAUUCUGACAACAGCGAAGGCACUCAAAUGGCAGAGCGGCAAGGAUUUGAAGGUUUUAGUAGGAUUAGAUGACAUUACUCGCAUCCAAGAGAAAGUAAAUACAUACGGUUACUCAGUAGAUAAACAGGUUUUGCAUUCCGAUUAUAAAUUGAAUGAAGUAUACAAUGACAUUGCACUGAUUAAGGUCAUUAGCGAUAUAAGAUUUAGUGACAGAGUACAAAUCAUUACUCUAAUGACAUAUAGUGACCUAAUGCAACAUGAGUAUGAAUAUCAACACAUGAUAAAUGUGACGGUUUACAAUUAUGGAAGCAAAAAUGAGGCAUCAAAAAACUAUCUGAAAAGAAGUUUCAUCUCUGUAAAUACCAGAGUUGUAGAUUUGAACGAACGCCUUUUCGUAGCCGCUCAAAAUACCCUUCCGACUUGCUAUGGCGAUAGUGGAAGUCCUGCGAUUGUACAAGGAAAAUUAGUCGGACUUCUAAUUGUCGAAUACAGUUGUGGCCUCAAAUAUCCAAAUGUAUUCACAGGCAUUCUACACUACAGUGAUUGGAUAAAUAAUGCUAUGUAUGAAUAAACAUUCUAUUGAAAAUGAGAAAUAAUUAUUAUUACGCAGAAAAAAUUGGCACUGAAUUUAUGGAAUCCCAGUCUGAAUACUUUGCAGUACUGAAGUUAAUUGAAGAAAAUAAAGUUUUUUCAUUUAAGUACAUUUUCUUGUGACAACCAAAUAUUGUAUCGUCUGUAUUGGUGCCGAUUUUUGCUUCUAUAUUUUACCUUUUUCGGUGUAAUUUCGAAUAUAAAAUAAAUGAUGUAUUUGAGUAAAAAUC